AUGGCGAGACUCAAUCAUCCAGCAGAUCCUUCACGCCUUACGCCAGUAGCAGAGCAGGCUCUGGAUGCUACCCCAAGCUCUGAGCCUGCAAUUUCAUCACCUACACCCACUCAAGCAAGCCUCCAGUCGCACAGAAACAACGACCUGCCAUAUCCGCCAGCGCGCGGAGGCUCUGAACGGUUGUCAUUCUCGCCUGCCGACUGUCGAACCCUUGACAAGCUCCUGCAAGACACAGACAGCAACUCCGCUCCGCAGACGCCAAGCGCAAUCGAGCUGGAUGACCGUCGAUCUUCCAACUCACGCAGCACCAGUGCCUUGCAGAAUCACACACAUGCAUAUGGGGGAUAUAACCUUGUGGGCGAUGAAGCGACUGACGCUGGCUAUAAGGAUGAGGACGGCAGCAUGGAGCUGAGUGACGGCACCGAGGGAGUCGUUGCUUACAACGCUUCGAAUACAAUCAGUAACUCUGCUUCACCGUCCCUUUCCUGGUCUGCUCCCAGGCUACAGGACAGCGUGUUAAUGCACGACGAGAAGUCUACGCUGGGAUACACAGAUCGCCGCUUGGGGUCAGAGAUGCAUCCAAAGCUCAAGCAGCACGAGUAUCAACAACAAGCGCCUGGAGAUAUUAGGCUAUCAAAUCAAUUGGGCUACUCUUUGCCCAUACUGCCAGAAAAUGAGAGUGUCGAAGG